AUGAAGAAGAACAUUCGGGAUAGGCAUCGGAUUCUUAGGUAUGGCGAGCCGUCAGACCCUGCUGCAAAGAAAGCAGAUGAAAUCAUCGUGAGGAACCUCGAAGCACGAAAAUGGACCCCUUCUAUUCUCAAGGAGACGAAUGACCUAAUACGGAACAAUCCAACUUGUUUAGGUACCACCCCAUUGGCCAAGGCUACAGGAUGGGGACAGAAAAGUUCUUCACGGUACGGCGAAAAUCUCCUUCAUUUGGCGUUGAAAUUCGACGCCCCCGAGGAAAUUAUAGAGACAAUACUCAAAAAGUACGAGAAAUUGGCCACAAUGACAGCGGAGACAUCGAGAAACUGGACACCCCUGCAUAUGGGAAUGGCUGGUGCAGCCCGCCCAGAGUCUAUCCGGAUGGUGCUGGCUGCGUUUCCCCGGGCAGCUGAAAUGGAAGAUUCCAAUGGAAGGCUACCGUUGCAUCUUGGCAUGUUCCAUCGGGCACCUACCGGCGCGAUCGCAGUAGUUUUGGAUGCCAAUCCGAAAGCCGCAAGUAAAAGUGACAUUUUUUGGGGAACGCCUCUUCACAGUGGACUUACAUCAUACCAUCCGGCAAAACCGCAGAAAGCUGGAGACCGGGACAUUUCGCCAUGGUCACUGAAGUCGAUAACAAUGGUUCUGGAUGCAUUCCCAGCCGCAGUUGGUGUACUUCAUGAGCCAAGCCUCACUCUCGAGGGAGAAACACCGCUUCAUCUUGCCAUGCGACCAGAAUUUCCUUUGGAAACAAUCCUUUCCAUGGCCCAACAUUGUCCAUCGGCUCUCGGAACCAAGAACAGAGCAGGAAGGACCCCUGUCCUGGCUGGCUUGGAACAUGGGAUCGAAGCAGAGGUGCUGCAGUCGAUUCUUGUGUAUUUUCCUGAGGUGGUAGAGGGGAGACUGGAGAAUGGACGGACCAUGCUUCACCAAAUGAUGGGAAAACCAAUUUACGAUGAAGUGGUCGCGAUGGUUGUUCAGGCUUUUGAGACUCAUGAAAAGGGAUACAGCGUUUGCAAGGACAUGAAUGGACACACCCCGUUGCAUCUGGCAAUGUCCACGAAUGCCUCUCAUCCGGCCGUUUCUGACCUGCUAGAGAAUUCUCCUUACACGACAAAAGAUUUGCUUGAUCGCGAGGGUCGUUCGCCUUUAUACCUUGGGGUCCAAAAUGGCGCGUCGAUUCAGACCCUCAAGCUUGUCCUCGAUGCCUUUCCCGAGGCAAUGGUGCUAUGCAAGCAAAGGACACCACUGCACAUCUGCGCUGCAAGGGACGAUGCGCCGGAUAUCAUCGCUGCUGUUGUCAAUGCUUAUCCAGGAGCAGCAACGACCUUGGACCGCGAUGGAAUGUCACCGUUACAUCGAUAUGUCCAGCAGCCCUCAGUUCCAGCAGUGAUGGCGUUGCUGACGAGUUAUCCCGAUGCGGCCAAGGUUAAGGACAAGAAUGGAUACACUCCUCUUCAUACGAUAGCGAAGCGAGUUUCCAUGUCGUCCCUGGCCGCUAGUGUCGCCAUGGCUAGAGCUGUGGUCAAUCACUGUCCAGCCGCUGCCAGAGCCAAGGACAGGCAAGGCAAUACAGCUUUGCUUUUCUUGGCUAUGGAGUUGAUGUCGAAAGCAGACCAGCAAAGAAGCCGUCCUCAACCACAGAAUACGAGUGGUUCUCAUCUGUUUAGGGCACUCUGUCAUGCCUAUCCACUCGCUGCAGAGAUUGAGAAUGAUUCUGGAGUUUCUCCCAUCAGUUUUCUGAUCAAUUUACAAGUUCGAGCAUUGUCGGCUGGCAGAACACCCGCAAAUGAAGUAACCACGCGGGUCCCGCCCAUCAAGUCACUGCUGAAAGGACUUCGAGAUGGUCGUCCACUAAAGAAGCUCUGCAACCUUGAAAGGCCUAGCUUUCUAACUAUGUAUCUUAUGCUAUUUUUUAACGACAACUCACAUGAUUCAAGUAGAAACACCAAAACCAUUGACAUCAACGAAAAAGUCAUUCCUGGGUGGACCUUCCUGGAGAUACUCGCCGAUCUUGACAACGAUGAUGCAUCUGACAUGCUCAUUCAAAUUGUUGAACAGCGAGGCCACUGGUGCAGUGGGGAUCAAAAUGUGAAAAUAGUCUGCAGUGACGAUGCGAAAACUAUUCUGCAGUUUCAAACUCGCAAUAAAGCAACAGAGGAAACGAUGAGGAAAGUUGCGGAUCGAGCAAAGCUCUCUCUUAGUUCAGAACGACUCCGGAAUUGGGGUCAAACCUACGGUCGUUUCCUGGGCAGGUACAGGAUCAACAAAGAUCAAGAACCCAAACACAUUUCUGAAACAUGUGUUGUUGCCUUUGCAAUGGAAUCGAGGGUAGACGGCUCUGGGCAACGGUACGAAGCACAAGUUGCUCUAAAGUUUCUGAGCAGUUUUGAUGCUUUCUGUCGGGAGAUUGACAAGAGACGUAUCAUUGACUUACACUAUGAAGCACAUGCCGAGCGCCACUUCGUUGUGCCCAUAGUGGCUGCAUACACCUCAAUCGCAGAAAACGAUGCCAGCAAAGCGGCGCAAGCCUGCAUGGAAAGCGUCGGUGUUGUGUACGAGGCAAACCUUCUGGAAGGUUUGCAGACCCACCAGAACAUUCUUACAAGUGGGAGAGGGACUGACGACAUUGCUUAUCUUCUCGUCAUGGAAUGUGGAGCAGGCUUGGACCUUCACGAUGUUAUAUCUCAUCACAACAUCGCUGGCAGGAAUCUACCCAUGGUGCUGUCAAUUGCCACAUGUAUUGCAGAAUGCCUUCAGUAUCUCAAUGAGAAAUGCCAGGUAGUGCAUGGGGACGUGAAGGCUCGAAACUUCGUCUCACUUGGUGUUGGCGCAGGGUUUGCUGCCAUUGACCUUGACAACGCAGCUUCCAUUGAAGACUGUGAGGCUGUGGGAAAGAAGCGAACGAGCUCUGGGUAUUUGCCACCGGAGCAAGCAAGAGUGGAAGCUUCCCUCCGAGGUACAAAGGGGGCACCGUUGGCUCAUGCAAUGGUGCACGCGGAGUUGAAAGGGCUGAAAGAGGAGAUGAUCAGGGCAUACGAUGUUGGGAACUACCAGGAGCAGCUUCGUCUAUUAGAAGCCCACAAUGAAGCAAAGGGGAAGCUGGAACAGAUUCAAAAUGUAGCACCGCCAAUCGACCCACUUGCUGGGCACUAG